AUGGCGACGAGGGCGACGGUGAUGGGAGAGACGCGCGUCGCGCACGUGGGCGUCGGGCGACGGCGACGAGGGACGAGGGAAAGAGAGACGCUGGGCGCGCGCGGGAGCGACGCGCGGACGCGGGCGGGACGGGUGUCGGUGGAGGACGCGGUGCAGGACGCGGCGAGAGAGCUCGUUCGAGCGUCACCGAAUUCGUGUUCGCACUCGUUGGCGGAUCGAGCGUACGCGGCGUCGACGCGGAGCGCGACGAUGCGGGCGGGGGAUCGCGUGGCGUGCGCGUUGUCCGCGCACGCCAUCGAGUGCGCGUGUGAAUCUGGGGUGGAGACGAGCGAAGGGAGCGUGUCGUUGGUGGUUUCUUUGGCGUUACGACGGGCGAUGGAGGCGAACGGGGAGCGGCGAGAGAUUAAGACGGUCGUGGGGUACGCGAGCGAUUGCGGCGACGACGGACGCGCGAGAGCGACCGAGCACGCGUGGUUGGAGAUCGAGGGUAAGGUCAUCGACGUCUGCGCGCCGGGGGUGGCUCUGUUCGAAGCGGCUCGAAGGUUUGACGUCGAUCACGAGGACGAGGAAGCGAUGCUGGAGGUUUUCGGUGAGGACGCGCUUCGCGGGAGCGGGUGGUUCAAUCGCAGGGAUAAGAGGCGACCGCUCACUGUGCUCAACGUCGCGAUUCCGAUCGGAGGCGCGCGAUCGAGCGCGAACGUGAAACCCGCAAGUGGAUUGACGCUGAAACCGCCCCCGAUAUCGAUCGACGGCGCCGAUCGCGCGAUCGAGCGCGCGCGGUACUUUCUCGAGCGCGUGCUAGCCGAAGGCGAAGCCGGCGAGCGUGAUUUCAUCGCCGCCGCCCCGCCGCUGGCGCGCGCUUUGUACGAGCGCAUCGCGAGCGCGAGGAUUGAAACCGUGGACUCCACGGAUGAGCGUCUCGCUCGCGCCGCGAGCAGUCGCUGA